UGGUAAAUUCCGCUUGGGUUUGGUCUCUACAAGUACCCAUUCAACCCCAAGGCUAUUCUAGUAAUUUCCCCACUAGAAGGAACUAGGUUCCGCUGCCUUUUAAGUCUAGGUUUUCACUCUCAUCACUCUCACUCAUCGUUUUGUGGUUUCCUGUGGAGAAGAGCAGCAGAUACUCAACAGCUUGCAGGCUCCAUUUUCUCAUCGCCAUCAGAAAGAGUGGUUUUGUGGAAUGCUGGGUUGAUUGGUCCCAAAUACAAAGAAGAUGAGCAAGAAGAACCCAUUUGUCUACUUGGAUGUGUCUAUAGAUGGAGAUCCUGUUGAAAGGAUGGUUUUUGAGCUAUUCUCAGACACUGUUCCCAAGACUGCUGAGAACUUCCGGGCACUUUGUACUGGAGAAAAAGGAAAUAGUCAGAAAACCGGGAAACCCCUACACUACAAAGGAUCUUUCUUUCAUCGCAUAAUCAAAGGAUCCAUGGCUCAGGGUGGAGAUUUUUAUAAACGUGACGGAAGUUAUGGAGAAAGCAUAUAUGGAGGGAAGUUUCCAGAUGAAUCCUCCAAACUGAAACAUGAUGCUCCUGGCCUUCUAACAAUGGCAAUUGCUGAUCGUGAUUCACGUGGCUCUUUAUUUAAUGUGACAUUUGGCGCUAAUCGCCACCUGGAUAGGAAGUAUGUUAUUUUUGGAAAGCUUGUUCAAGGACUUGAUGUAUUGAGGAAGAUGGAAAAUGCGGGUGAUGAAGAUGGAACACCAACUGUGACAGUGAAGAUCAUUUAUUGUGGGGAAGUAAACGAGAGUGAGAAUCAAAGCUCUGAUAAGAAGGUAGCGAGCAAGUUGAAAAGUGGGAAAGAUGUUUCUUCAGAGGUUCACAGCCAUGAAGUGAAGCGGAAGGGAAAGCACAAGAAAUCUUCGAAAGAUAAAAGGAAAAAAAGAAAAAUAUAUUCUUCAUCUGAUUCAGACAGUUCAUCUGACAUGGAAUCUGAUUCAUCUGAUUCGGAUAGUGAUUCUGACUCUGAUGAUUCAUCCUCAUCAUCAUCUGAUGUCAGCUCUUCAAGUGAUGACAGGCGUAAGAGAAAAAAGAGAUCCAGAAAGGAUCGACACAAACGUGGCAAAAGAAAGGACAAAAAACGCGAGAAGAAGCGCAGGAGACGCGAUAAGAAAUCCAAACGUAAAUCAAAGAGGGUGUCUGGUAGCGGAAGUGAGAGCUCAAGUGAAAGCGAACAUGCAUCUGAGGACAAUAAUGGAGAUGCACUUGCAUUUGAUGGACAUGUAAAGGAGGAAGAAGGUGAAUACCCGAAAGAAAAUGGUGGGGACCGCCCAAGCAACGGUGUUGACCUGGCAAAGGCUGAUAUAGUCGAUGACCAUCUCGGAAACUCUAGAAGUAGAAGCAAAAGUCCUCCUCGAAGGGAAUUGAGCAAGAGUAUGAGUAUUAGCCCAAGGAGGAGUCAAAGUGUUAGUGGGACCCCUCCUCCUAGACGGGCCCCAUCACGUAGCCCGGUGAGAAGUGAAAGCAGCAGCAAGAGUCCUGUAAGAAGCAUAAGCAGAAGUCCAGUGAGGGGCAAAAACGUCAGAAGCAUAACUCCCUCACCAUCACCUCCACGAAGGAGUGUUUCUAGAAGCCCACUGCGAACAUCAUCUAGAAAAUCCUCACGAAAAUCGGUAAGCAGAAGUCCUGUUAGAUCUUCCAGAAGAAGCUACAGCAGAAGCCCAGUGAGAUCUUCUAAAAGAAGCUUGAGCAGAAGCUCUGGUAGACCGCCUUUAAGAAGAAGCCCUAGCAGGAGUCCGGUCAGACCGCCUAUGAGGGGUGGUCGCCGGAGCUAUUCCAGGAGUCCGGUAGGUGGACGUAGGGCGGCCAGGUCACCGGAGAGAAGCUUGUCUAGAAGCGCUUCACCUGAUGGCUCUCCCAAACGUAUCAGAAGAGGACGCGGUUUCAGUAACCGAUUUUCUUACGCGCGCCGAUACCAUUCUCCCGAUCGCUCCCCGGUCAGAUCUUAUCGCCAUAGCAGAAGCGACCGCGACCGUGACCGUGACCGUUAUUCAAGCUAUAGAAGGCGCAGCCCACUGAGAGACAGAAGUCCACCAAGGUACAGAGGGAGAAGAAGCAGGACACGGAGUCCGAGUGUGUCCCGGAGUCCUGUCCCUGUGCGGUACCGGCGGCGCUACAGUCGGAGCCGGUCGCCGGUGGAGACAUCGCGGUACAGGCCAUCACCGCCAGUGGAGAGGAGGAGGGCGCCACGAAGCAGGACCCCACAUUCUCAAAGUAGGAGCCCGUAUGAACGUAGGUCCUCACCAUCACCAUCUCCGAGAAGGAGCGUGAAGUCAAAGUCAAAGUCAAAAUCGGCAUCGAGAUCAAGGUCAAUGUCAAGGUCAAGAUCUAGGUCGUCUUCUGGAAGCCCACCUGGGAAGAAAGGACUAGUGUCGUAUGGAGAUGGUUCUCCAGACAGUCAGAAGUGAGAAGAGAAGAUUUACUUUUGAGAGAGGGGAGUUUGAGGUUAUGUGGAGAAAUGAUUUAUAGACUUGGUAAUUGGUACACUAUGUAGGGUGGGUGUGUUUUGAAUAAUUCGACUAUUUCUCUUGUAUUUCUUGUUCUGUGGAGUGACUGUUGAGGUGCUGCUAGACUAGUAACGAUGAUUGGAUAUGUGUUUGUUUUUAAGAGGUUGGUUAGACCGAGGGGAAUGGGAUUAUCAAUUAUGUUUGUUUUAAAAAGCCUCUUCUGUUUUUAUCUUUAUUGUUAUGGUUUGCUCUUUGAUCAAUGCGACUUGAAGGUAGUUUGUGC